AUGGCCUUGUCGAAGCCUGGCGACGACGUUCCACGUAGUGCUGUGGCAGCACACGCCAAGCAUGCGUGGCUCACGCUGGCCAAACCCCAUGCGUGCGUGCUUCCGACUCUUGACUCUAUGCCAUGGGAGGUAAGCAAGCGCGCCCGAACGAUCAUGGUGCCGCAAGGUUUGAUGCCGCCCAUGCCCGCAAACCGCCCGCUGGCAUCGUUAAGUACAGACAGCAGUGACGCUGCCUUUACCCAGGAGUGCUUCAAAGUCGCAGGUGUGCGGCCACUGAAGGCCCGAGACGAGUCCAUCAGACAACAGACUGCGUCAUAUGAAAGGCAGUGUGCUAUCAAGAAGUGGCUCACACUUGUUGCAAUGGAGCCUGCGGCGUGGGAGAUAGCGAGACAGAUGUAUAGCAAAUAUGAGCUUCGUUUUGCCACUGGCGGAAUUGUUGAGAGCGUCAGUGACGCGCUGGAGAACAAGGCGACCUCCACUUUACACGGCCGAGGGAAGCGCGAGCCUUGGAAAUUGGGCUGCAAGUUGGAUGCCAAGGGAUUGAAUACCAUGGCAAUUUUUGCGUUUGCGUGCAACUUCUCACCUGGAGGGACAGACGAGAAGCCGCUGCUCGACUUAGUCAAAGAGGUGCUAGGAGGGGAGCCAAGCGCCAAGGAAAUGGCGUGUAUGCGUAGACUCUUUGCAGAGUCUUACGCAACUGUUGGCGCGGACAUAAAGUCGCACGUCGAGGCGUCUGAUGAGUCAGCUGUCAAGAAGCUGGCGCCGGCAGACAGAGCUCAGCGCCUGAAAGACCAGCAGGAGUGGAGCACUUGCGUCUCGCGUGAGCAUGAGCUUGCGACAGGCUUGAAGAAGGACACAGGCCUCAGUUUUGAUGCUUCCGGGGCACUGAAGCUCACGAACAAGCAGCGUGCGUCCCCGUGCGAUGUCAGUACCGACAUGUUGGUGCGGUACUCUCUUGUGCGCAGAGGGCUCGCCCUAGAGCAAGCCAAUGUUAUGUCCUAUGAGAAACAUGAUCUGCUUGUCGAGAAACUUUUCCAGUGUCGUUUGCAGGAUCCACCACCGGGUUUUGCUAGAGUGUCUCGCUCUGGAAUCAAGAUGUCAGCUGGGGGCCGUCCGUGCGAUGUUGCUUUCCAGUCAUGUCUCACCAGUUCCGAGUUUUUGUCGAUCUUGCAGCAUAAGCCCCUUGCAGUAGGUGGUGAUGAAACCGCAGAGCCACCUCUCAAGCGCCUGCGACGCGACCCCGAUAAAGGCAAAGGUGGCAAGGGUCAAGGCAAGGCCCAGCUCCAUGGCAAGGGUGAUGGUGCUGGUCGUGUACCAGCCGAAUUGCUUGCGCUUGGGUGUGUGUCACGCAUGCCCAAGAACCAUCGCUUGUGUUAUGACUACAGCCUCAAGAAGUGCACUUUGCAUGUCCAAAGCCAGCGUUGCGCGAAGGGCUUGCAUCUGUGUGCCGUGAAGGGAUGUCAUAAGGCCCAUGCAGCGCUGGAUUGCAACCUUGCCAAUGCUAGGGCAAGCAUGAGUGACUAUCGCCCGGCGUAG